AUGGGUUUCAAACUAUUAACUUCGACGCCUUAUUAUGCUCAGGCUAAUGGGCAAGUUGAAGCUGCCAAUAAAGUGAUCACUGGUUUGAUUAAAAAGCAUGUGGGAAAGAAGCCUAGAAAUUGGCACAAAACUCUAGAUCAUAUUUUGUGGGCAUGUCGUACCUCUCCCAUAGAAGCCACCAAGUCGACCCCUUUUCGGCUAACUUUUGGCCAUGAUGUUGUUCUACCAGUAGAGAUUCACUUACAAUUGAUAAGGAUUCAAAGUCACCAUGAACUUCCAAUACAGUCAUAUUGGAGCAUGAUGUUGGAUGAAUUGGUUGACUUAGAUGAAGAAAGGUUAAAUGCCUUGGAGUUAUUAAAACGGCAGAAGAAGAGAAUAGAAAUCUCUUAUAACAAGAGGGUGAAAGUCAAAAGUUUUUCCCCUGAAGACUUGGUCUGGAAAGUGAUCCUUCCAAUGGAUCAAAAGGAUAUAGCCUUAGGAAAGUGGUCCCCAAAGUGGGAAGGCCCUUUUCAUAUUUUAGAGGUAUUUUUUAAUGGUUCCUAUGAAAUCAAAGAGCUUAAUGAAGAUAGGAGGAUUCUAAGAGUGAAUGGGAAAUAUUUGAAAAAAUAUAAACUAGUACUCCAAGAGAUAAAAAUAAGAGACGAAUAG